AUGACGGCGACAGGCGCACGACGUUCGACCUCGAGCGGUGUUUCCAAUCUUUCAGCCUCAGCCACGGUGGUAAAUUCAAACUCCACCCAGACCACACCAAGGAUUCCCGGAUGCGCGAUAGCCUCAAAUGAGGAUGAUAGCUCGGACGACUCAUCGUCUAGCGAUGAAUUUGACGAGCACGCAACCCGCUUCCGGUUUCCUCCGGGCGAGUUACCGGAUGACCCUAUCCAAGGGUGGCCCCAGCUGGCUCUGCUGAUGGCCAAGACUCCCGACUUUGCGGCCUUCUCUCGAUUCAGGGAUCUGAACACUAAGAGUCUCCUGUAUUACCAGGCUGAACUAAGAGGCUAUCGGAAGAAGCUCCAUAAUCUGGAAUACGAGGAUGCUGGGAAAGGGAAUUGGUGGGACCAGCGCGCGGACCUGCUGGUGGAGUCAAAAUCGGUGCAGUUCGAGACCGUGGUGGAGAUGAGGAAGGUAUUGAAAGAAUACAACAAGGCAUUAAAGCUAUACACUGAGAUAUGCGCCUUACCCGGCCCCGAACCAGACAACAUGCGAGCACUCCGAAAGUGGCUAGGGGAUAAAAGAUGUGGGGAUAACACAAUUCGUGGUCGUGAUGGGCUGAAUAACACCUGGGGUGAUAUGAGGAAGGAUCCAGACGCAGAGCUUGGUAGCCUUUGGAGACAAUUCGGAAGAGUAGUAUUAGGAUUGGUCUGGGCACGACCUCCACCCACGGACGAUCUUGACCUAGUAGCUACUGAACCUCAGGGAAAGAUUGAUGGCCUCACUCGCUGGGUUGUCUGCGAUCUCGUCCGCUUCUACAAAAACUUUUGCGAAUACCGGAAAGAACAACGAGAAAAGAAAAUGCAACAGCGAUUGGAUAUCGAGAACACGGCAGAAGCGACUCCCGGUUGCUUUGGGCGAUGGCGGGAGAAGAAGAAACGCAAGAAGGAAAGACGCGACACGGGGAACAUGCAACCAACCAUUGAUCUUGGAGUUGACAAGGUGAAGAAGGAGGAUACGUUGGAAAGUUGGGGAGAUAAGACUGCUUUGAGAGUCACAUCUACGAUCUCGACCGUCAUCGCAUGCUUACUCCCAGUCAUCGCCAUCUCCAUUCUGUCACAGCUCCACGGCCUUAGGAACCUGCUCAUUUGCUUGGCCGGCUUCGCCAUCUUCUUUGCCUUGGCCUUGAUCUUCCUCACCCAAGGAACCAGCUCGAGAACCGAGAUCUUCGCUGCAACCGCCGCAUUCUCGGCAGUGAUGGUGGUGUUCAUUUCAGUACCGCCGGCGCCCAUUAUCAAUAUGCCCCCUGGCUCGCCUAUGCCGUCUGUCACUCCGAGGCCGACCUACGCGUUGUGA